ACACGAGACAGACAGAGUGGUCGUAUUUGUGUGUUUCGUAACCACGAAUCUGCGAGAAAUUUACGCCAGAGAGAGAGAAAGAAUCAAUCCGGUUUCACAGGGAACCAAUGUCACUUCCACAAUCAACAACAGGUAAUCCAAUCCAAUCCAACAACAAGAGAGAUCGAGAAACCGAAAAAAACCCUAGCGAAGAUCCAACAACAUUGAAAAUCUGUAAAUUAAUUCAAAAUAUGUCCAUAAACUUUCAGUUCUUGCGAUUCAGAUCGAUCAGGGUUUCCAACAUUAGCAUUAGGUAUAUAUGAGUGAUCCAGAGGAAGUUCACAUACAUUUCCCGCGAAAAGCUAGGGUUUCUCUGAACUUUCAUCAUGAGCACUGCGGUGAACAUAGUAGUGGGCUCUCAUGUGUGGGUUGAAGAUGCAGCCCAAGCUUGGGUUGAUGGGCAAGUCAGUACCAUUAAAGGAAAAGAAGUUGAAAUCAAGACCAGUGAUGGGAAAGCCGUGGUUACUAAUAUAUCAAAAAUAUAUCCAAAGGAUACCGAAGCUCCAGCUGGAGGUGUUGAUGACAUGACAAAGCUAUCUUAUUUGCAUGAGCCAGGAGUCUUGCAGAACUUAAGAUCCCGAUAUGAACUUAACGAAAUUUAUACUUACACUGGAAACAUUCUAAUUGCAAUCAACCCGUUCCAAAAGUUACCUCAUUUAUAUGAUGCUCAUAUGAUGCAACAAUACAAGGGAGCACCAUUUGGUGAAUUGAGUCCCCAUGUAUUUGCAAUCGCGGAUACAUCCUACAGGGCCAUGGUCAAUGAGGGAAAAAGUAAUUCGAUUCUGGUUAGUGGUGAAAGUGGUGCAGGUAAAACCGAAACAACCAAAAUGCUUAUGCGGUUUCUUGCGUAUUUGGGUGGCAGAAAAGCUACUGAAGGCCGUACCGUUGAACAACAAGUUCUUGAAUCAAAUCCAGUUCUUGAAGCUUUUGGCAAUGCUAAAACUGUUAGAAAUAACAAUUCUAGUCGUUUUGGGAAGUUCGUUGAGAUACAAUUUGAUAAGAAUGGGAGAAUAUCGGGAGCAGCUAUCAGGACUUACCUUCUAGAGAGAUCUCGUGUUUGCCAAGUAAACGACCCUGAACGGAAUUAUCACUGUUUUUACCUACUUUGUGCAGCACCCCCAGAGGAAGUCGAGAAGUAUAAACUGGGAAGCCCGCAGUCAUUUCACUAUCUUAACCAAUCAAAAUGUUUCGAGCUGGUCGGUGUGAAUGAUGGACGUGAAUAUCUCGCCACAAGGAGAGCCAUGGAUGUUGUUGGAAUAAGUAAAAAAGAACAGGAAGCAAUUUUUAGAGUUACCGCCGCUAUUCUUCAUCUUGGAAAUAUUGAAUUUGCUAAAGGAAAAGAGGUUGACUCUUCAGUGCUAAAAGAUGACAAGGCUAAAUUUCAUCUUAAAAUGGCAGCGGAACUUCUUAUGUGUGAUCCUGUUGGCUUGCAAGAUGCAUUAUGCAAACGAAUGAUGGUAACUCCUGAAGAAGUUAUUAAGAGAAGCCUUGAUCCUCUUAGUGCAGCAUUCAGCAGGGACGGUUUGGCUAAAACAAUAUAUUCCAGAUUAUUUGAUUGGUUGGUUAAUAAAAUUAACGUAUCAAUUGGACAAGAUGCUGAUUCAAAAUCUCUAAUUGGUGUCCUUGACAUCUAUGGUUUUGAGAGCUUUAAGAACAACAGCUUUGAGCAAUUCUGCAUAAAUUUUACAAAUGAGAAACUGCAGCAACACUUUAACCAGCAUGUUUUUAAAGGGGAACAGGAAGAAUAUGAAAAAGAGGCUAUCAAUUGGAGCUACAUUGAAUUUGUUGAUAACCAGGAUGUUUUAGAUCUCAUUGAAAAGAAACCUGGUGGUAUCAUUGCUCUACUUGAUGAAGCCUGCAUGUUUCCAAAGUCAACACACGAGACGUUCUCAAACAAGCUUUAUCAGAUAUUCAAAAAUCACAAGCGUUUUAUAAAGCCCAAGUUGUCACGCACAGAUUUCACAAUUGCUCAUUAUGCUGGAGAGGUGCAAUAUCAAUCUGAACAAUUUCUUGACAAAAAUAAAGAUUAUGUGGUUCCUGAACACCAAGAUUUGUUGGGUGUUUCCAAAUGUUCUUUUGUGGCCGGCCUUUUUCCUCCCGUAGCUGAAGAGUCCUCUAAAUCUUCUAAAUUUUCUUCAAUCGGUUCCCGUUUUAAGCUUCAAUUGCAACAACUGAUGGAAACACUAAAUGCUACAGAGCCUCAUUACGUUAGAUGUGUAAAGCCAAACAAUAAACUGGAACCUUCCAUAUUUGAAAACGUUAACAUCAUGCAGCAAUUGCGUUGUGGUGGUGUUUUAGAGGCAAUCAGAAUUAGUUGUGCUGGUUAUCCUACCCGCCGUGCUUUCUUUGAAUUUGUAAACAGAUUUGGAAUUCUCGCACCCGAAGCCUUGGCAGGAAGUAACUUUGAUGAAAAGGUGGUAUGUGCAAAGAUCUUGGAAAAGGUGGGGCUCAGUGGCUUUCAGAUUGGUAAAACAAAGGUAUUCUUGAGAGCUGGACAGAUGGCAGAAUUAGACGCAUGGAGAGCUGAGAUACUCGGCAAUGCGGCAGCGAUAAUUCAAAGACGCAUAAGAACUCAUAUUGCUCACCAGCAGUUUAUUGCAUUACGAAAGGCUUCACUUUUCUUACAAUCUUUUUGCAAAGGUAGACUUGCUUGUAAAAAGUUUGAAGAACUUAAAAGGAUUUCAGCUGCUAUAAGAAUCGGAAAACACUUGCGUAAAUGGUAUGCUUGGGCAGCCUAUACUCGACUCCGGGCGUCGGUCCUUGUAGUCCAAACAGGCUUUCGUGCAUUUGAGGCUCGUAAAAGAUUCAGACACCGAAAAGAAACUAAUGCUGCCAUUAAAAUUCAGACUUGGUGGCGUUGUCGUAAAAAUUCUGCACAUUAUAAAGGGCUAAAGAUGGCAUCUAUAGUUACACAAUGCAGGUGGAGGGAAAGGAUUGCAAGGAGAGUGCUAAGAAAACUUAAAAUGGAGGCACUAGAAACAGGUGCACUUAAAGAAGCAAAAGAUAAGCUUGAAAAACAAUUGGAAGAACUAACCUGGCGUUUACAACUGGAGAAACGUUUAAGGACUGAUUUGGAAGAAGCAAAAGCACAAGAGUCGAUAAAAUAUCAGAAUACUAUAGAAGCUUUGCUAAAAAAACUUGAUGAAGCAAAUACAAUGACGGCGGUGAAAGAAAGAGAAGCAGCCAGAAAAGUUAUUGACGAAGCACCUGCGGCUUUUGAGGGAAAAGAGAUUGUUAUUGAAGAUACUAAGAAAGUUGAAUCCUUAAAUGAACAAGUUAGGGAUUUUAAGGCUAUGUGGCAGUCAGAAAAGAAACGCGCUGAUGAUAUUAAAGAAUAUUGUGAAGAAAGAUGCAAAAAGUUGGAAGAAACGGAAAAGAAAGUUGUUCAAUUACAGGAAUCUAUGAGCAGGCUGGAAGAGAAGUUGAAUAACUUAGAAUCAGAGAACAAAGUCUUCCGUCAUCAAGCGGUCUCCAUGGCACCUAAUAAGUUUCUCUCGGGCCGUUCCAGAUCUAUUAUGCAGAGGAAUGACAGUGGUACUUUAAGUGUAGAUACAAAGUCAUCUCUGGACCUAUAUAGCCCAUCAUUGGUCCAACGUGAUCUUGCAGAAAUCGAUGACAAACCACAAAAAUCCCUCAAUGAAAAACAACUUGAAAAUCAGGAAUUGCUUCUCAGAUGCAUUACACAACAUCUUGGGUUUGCGGGAAACCGACCUAUAGCAGCUUGUAUUAUUUACAAAUGCCUUCUGCAAUGGAGAUCUUUUGAAGUUGAGAAGACUAGUGUUUUUGACCGUAUCAUCCAAACCAUAGGACAUGCAAUAGAGAAAAAGCAGGAUAACAACGAUGUAUUGGCCUACUGGUUGUCCAAUGCUUCUACUCUUUUGCUUUUACUCCAACACACGUUGAAAGCAAGUGCGGCCGCAUGUUUAAUUGGCUUACGCCGUCGAUCAUCAGCUGCUCUUUUCGGGAGGAUGACACCUAGUUUUCGUGGAACUCCACAUGGGGUCGAUCUCCCCUUUGCAAAUGGAAGCCCGAGUCAUGGAGUUGACGGGUUUAGCAAAGUGGAAGCCAAGUAUCCAGCUUUGCUUUUUAAGCAGCAGCUUACAGCAUAUGUUGAAAAAAUAUACGGAAUGAUCCGGGAUAAUUUGAAAACAGAAAUAUCUCCAUUGCUAGGGAUGUGCAUUCAGGCACCAAGAAUUUCCAGAGCGAGCCUAGUGAAGGGAUCAUCACGUUCAGUUUCUAGUACAGCUCAGCAAACCCUUAUUGCUCACUGGCAAGGAAUUGUUAAGAGUUUUGGAAGUUUCCUAAACAUUUUAAAAACAAAUCAUGUACCGCCAUUUUUAGUGCGUAAAGUUUACACACAAAUAUUCUCAUUUGUUAACGUUCAGCUAUUUAACAGCUUACUUUUGAGGCGUGAAUGCUGUUCGAUUAGUAAUGGUGAGUAUGUGAAAGCUGGAUUGGCUGAAAUAGAACAUUGGUGUUACAAUGCAACUGAUGAGUAUGCAGGUUCAGCUUGGGAUGAACUGAAGCAUAUAAGACAGGCUAUUGGAUUUCUGGUUAUGCAUCAAAAAUCCAAGAAAACAUUGGAUGAAAUAAGUCAUGAUCUCUGUCCAGUUCUUAGUCUGCAACAGUUGUAUCGGAUCAGUACGAUGUAUUGGGAUGAUAAGUAUGGUACACAAAGUGUCUCCGCGGACGUUAUAUCCGGCAUGAAGGUGUUGAUGACCGAAGAAAAAAAUGUCAUGAGCAAUUCCUUCCUGUUGGAUGAUGAUUCCAGCAUUCCAUUUUCGGUUGAUGAUAUAUCAAAAUCAAUGGAUCAAAUAGAAAUCUCAGACAUCGAGCCGCCACCUUUAAUUCGUGAAAACUCAGGAUUUAGCUUUCUGCUUCCACGUAUCGAGAACCACUGAUCUGACAUUUUCUCUUAACGGAAUUGGUUCUUGACCUGAUCGUGUCAUUCAGGUGAAUAUCAACCUCAUUUCUGGUGGACGGUGUAAGAAAAACCUUUGCUCUGAAGAAAUGUGGUUCACUAACCUCAGAGAAAAAUAGCUGCAUUUGCUCGCAUUUUCUCUAUGUUUUGUAGUUUUGUAGCAUGUUGUACAGGUAGAUAUCUACGUUGCUUAUAUGAACUGCUUGUGUUAAUUAAA